AAAAUUUAGAAGUGUUAGUAUGACGACAUUUUCGAAUUGCUUAUUGCUCACUGCUGUUUCGGUAAUCAUGUUACAAACUGUACCGAUUAUCAACGCUGGCAAAAUAUUGCUUUUGGUCGAUAAUUUGAGUGUUAGGGAAACGCAUUCUAUCUUCUUGAAAUCCCUGAAAGAAAGGGGACAUCAGUUGACUAUAAAAGCUGCAGAUGAUCAAACACUAACUCUCACAAAGUACGGCGAGCACCUCUACGAUCAUCUUAUAAUUUUUGCGCCAGGAGUUGAUGAAUUUGGAGGAACGAUUAAUGUCAAAGCCAUAACAUCUUUUAUUGAUAAUGGUGGCAACGUGUUAGUGACAGCGGGAACACGGGUUGGUGAUGCUUUACAUGAUUUAGCUGCGGAGAAUGGUUUCGAAUUUGAUGAGAAUCGAACUGCUGUCAUUGAUCAUUUGAAUUAUGACACCGUUCUUGAUGAAGGAGAUCAUACGACGAUUGUAGCUGAUCCGUCAAACCUUUUGUCCGCUCCAAUGCUUAUAGGGAAAACACGGCAAGCUGGUCCUAUUCUGUUCAGAGGGGUGGCUUUAAUUUCUGACAAGACGAAUUCGCUUCGUCUGGAAGUACUUUCUGCUUCAACAACUGCUUAUUCAUUCAAUCCCCGUGAAAAAGUUGAAGAAUAUCCAGGUGCUGUGGGGCGUUCGACACUACUGAUUGGUGCCAUUCAAGCUCGAAAUAAUGCACGUGUUGUAUUGAGUGGCUCGAUUGCCAUGUUUAGCGAUGCCUUUAUCGGUGCAAAUGUCAGCAAAUACGGUUCCACAACGAAGCUUCAGAAAAGUGGAAAUUUCGAAUUAAUAACCGAAUUAAGCAAAUGGGUAUUCAUGGAGAAAGGUGUACUGAGAGUGAAGAAUGUUUGGCAUCAUAAGGUUGGUGAAAGGAAUCCUCCACGAGAAUAUACAAUUUUGGAUAAUGUUGAGUAUACGAUCGAAAUUGAAGAGCUCAGUAACGGGAAAUGGGGACCGUUCAAGGGGAAUGAUGUUCAAUUAGAAUUCACCCGUAUUGAUCCUUUUAUUCGGACAACUCUCAAAAAUUACAAUGGCAAAUUGAAAACACAGUUUAAACUUCCUGAUGUUUACGGCGUGUUCAAAUUCAUGGUUGAUUAUCGUCGCAUGGGAUAUACACAUUUGUUGGAUGUACAACAGGUGUCUGUUCGACCAUUGCAACAUACCCAGUAUGAACGUUUUAUCUAUAGCGCAUAUCCUUAUUACGUUUCUGCAUUUUCGAUGAUGAUAGGAGUCGUUCUGUUCUCAUGCGUCUUUCUCUAUCACAAAGAACCAUCAAAGGAUAUAAAGAAGGACUGA